UUUCAUAUUUCAUGACAUCACUCAUGAGUGGAUUUUAGGGUUUUAGGUUUAUACACUCAGAAUCGAAACACUCCAGCACCGUCGUCAACGACGUCUGUACCAUCGGCAUCACAUAGAGCUUCAACGGCGUUGGUUGCUCUUCCUCACUCCACACAGGAUUCUGAUCUGAGAGACUAGGAGCCAUGGGUUGGAAAGCUGCUGAGAAACUCAUCAGACAUUGGAAGAUACUUCGAGGGGAUAAUGUAAUGAUAAUUCGCGGGAAAGAUAAGGGUGAGACUGGAACCAUUAAGCGUGUCAUCCGAUCCCAAAAUCGUGUCAUUGUUGAAGGGAAGAAUCUGAUCAAGAAGCAUAUAAAGGGAGGCCCUGAUCAUGAAGGUGGAAUUUUCACGGUAGAGGCUCCUCUUCAUGCCUCAAAUGUCCAAGUUGUUGAUCCUGUCACUGGGAGGCCUUGUAAGGUUGGUGUAAAGUACUUAGAGGAUGGAACAAAAGUAAGAGUUGCCAGAGGCAUAGGCACAUCUGGUUCGAUAAUUCCUCGCCCAGAGAUUCUAAAGAUAAGGGCAACACCAAGACCCACCACCGCUGGGCCUAAGGACACACCAAUGGAUCUUGUCUGGGAGCAGACAUAUGAUGCUAAAACAGGAAAGGGCAUGCCUGAUCUUUGAGUAACCUCUUUACAGUUUCGUUCCAAAAAAAUGUUGCUGCUCCCAAGAGAUUCUUCUUUUUCCAUCCAUUACAGUUUGAUUUGGGUCAAAAGCUGUGCGAUGAGGCUUUGUUGAAGAAGCUUUGUUAAUCCUAGAAACGGUGUCGUUUUUAACUUCUUCGUUGAUCUUUGUUAACGUUUGAAGGUGCCGAAUAAAACCAUUGGUGGAAAAACAAAAGAGUACACGAAUUCUAUCAUUGCGAACA